UACAGGUGUGCUUAAAUUGUGAUAAAUAAUGAGUUCCAAGAUUCUACGGAGACAAAAUUCUGUGGACGAGAUGCCAGUCAAGGACGGCGCCAAAAGGUCACUCAUCGGUGUCAUUGACGAUGGGACAAAGACAGUUCGAUUUGUGGUAUACGAAGCGGAAAGGUCUGAAGAAUUGGUUUCACAUCAGUUAGACAAAACAGAGGCUCAGCCGCAGGAAGGAUGGUACGAACAAGAUCCCUUAGAGAUUUUACAAAAUAUUAAAAUGUGUGCUGAAAAUGCUAUCGACCAGUUGGCUGAAUUUGGAUAUUCAAAAGACGAUAUAGUUACUUUAGGUGUGACGAAUCAAAGGGAGACGACAAUAGCAUGGGAUAAAUAUACGGGUGAACCUCUGCAUCCUGCAAUAUCAUGGAACGACAUCCGCACAGAUAGCACAGUUGAUGCGAUAUUAGCGAAAUUACCAGACCGUAACAAGAAUUAUCUUAAAAAUAUCUCCGGCUUACCAAUCAGUCCCUACUUCAGUGCUCUGAAGAUGAGGUGGAUGAAGGAUAAUGUGAUGGCCGUGAGACGAGCGAGCAGGGAUAAGAGACUACUAUUUGGUACCGUUGACUCUUGGAUCGUUUGGAACUUAACCGGAGGUGUCCACGGCGGGCUUCAUAUAACUGACGUGACAAAUGCUUCACGGACGCUGCUAAUGAAUUUAGAAACAUUGAACUGGGAUCCAAUGUUAUGUAGACUAUUUGGCAUACAUAGAGAUUCGUUACCACAAAUACGUAGCAGCGCAGAAAUAUAUGGUGCCGUCAAAGAUGGCUCUGUUUUAGAAGGCAUUAGGAUAUCAGGGAUUCUUGGCAACCAGCAGUCAGCGUUAGUCGGCCAGAACUGUCUCCAGGCCGGGCAGGCGAAGAACACGUACCGGACCGGCUGCUUCCUGCUGUACAACACGGGCCCCCGUCGCGUGCAGUCCACGCACGGCCUGCUCACCACCGUGGCCUACAAGCUGGGCCCCUCCGCGCCCGCCAUCUACGCGCUGGAAGGGUCGAUAGCAGUAGCCGGCGGUGCGAUGAAGUUCCUCCGCGACAACCUGAAGCUGAUCAAGGACGUGACUCAGGACACGGAGCACAUUGCGGGGCAGGUUUUCUCCACUGGAGACGUAUACUUCGUGCCGGCUUUCAAUGGACUCUACGCACCCUACUGGCGGAAGGAUGCUCGGGGUAUCAUCUGCGGUUUGACAGCAUUUACGACGAAAAAUCACAUAAUUCGAGCUGCUUUAGAAGCUGUAUGCUUUCAAACAAGAGAUAUCCUGGAGGCCAUGAACAAAGACUGCGGCAUGCCGCUGUCGAAGCUCCACGUGGACGGUCGGAUGACUUCCAACGACCUCCUCAUGCAGCUGCAGGCGGAUCUCACCGGGAUACCCGUGUUGCGUGCGCAGUCGUGGGAUAUGUCCGCGCUGGGCGUGGGCGUGGCGGCGGGCCACGCGGUGGGCGUGUGGGCCAUCGAGCGCUGGCGGCAUCACGCCACACCCACGCACACCUUCCUGCCCACCACCACGGACGAUGACCGCGAUGCGAGAUACACGAAGUGGAAGAUGGCGGUUCAACGGUCGCUGGGCUGGGCGAGUACUAAGAAAUCCAUCACAAUGACAGAAGAGAGAUUCAAGCUAUUGGCGUCAAUUCCUGCUACGCUAUAUCUCAUUGGUAGCUUCACCAUGCUAGUCGUAUCGAAUAUCCUUAAGGAUAGGUGAUAAGUUAAUAAAAUGGUGCGUUUCCACAUAAACUGUUGGCAAUUUCUGUGUUUGCAACUAUUUACAAUUCAUUGUCACAAUUAAUUACACAAUAUUUUUGUUGAUAAAUACAUUUUUCCUACAACAUGUUAUAACACACAAGUUGCCAAGUUUCCUUUUGUGGACAGAGCUUAACAUUUAAGGAGUGAACACACUAGCGCUACCGAGUAGGGAGGGAGUACCGUCUGCACCUAAAUUCCUUCCAAUAAAUGAAAUUGUAUUCGACUUUUAUUGAUUAAUUUUGAGUAUCGAAUGUUUUUUUAUUACUUUUAUUAUCUUUUUAAAAAGGAAAAAAAAACUAUAAGGGUUUGCAUUUAUAAUUUUAUUUAUUUAAAUAUUGAUACUUUUAUAAAAUCUGGAAUAUUCGCUAAUUUUAAUUGUAAAUAAUUAAUUUAUUACUAAAUCGCUUGGAAUCAUGCUAAUAUUAUUUUUAAAGUGUUUACAUUUUUGGUGUUUUGUUUAGUCAAUCGCUAAAUUCUGCUCGUCAAUAAAUAAGACGAGGUUUUUUACAGACAACAUUGGCAACAUUUAAAAGCUUUGUGAAUGAUUAGCACUUUAAGCGCUUACAAAAUAUCUAUGUUUAUGAUGUUUCGCUUGAUCGUAAACGUGUUGUAUCCUUAGAAACUUCGAUAAAUGUUUUUAGCAGUGCCACUGUGUUCGUUCUUUGACAUGUUAUUGUCAAUUUUAAAUAUCUAAUAAAAAAAUGAAAUCCUAUUUAAACUAUAAGAAUGCUCAGACAAUACUUUUUCUAAGUCUUAAUAUUUUUUUAUUCUCACAAUCAAUUACAAUAUGACAUAUUUAGUUAGAAUAUAAAAUUUUGUUAAUUUAUUUGACUAAAUAUUGCAUUUUUUGUUGCCAUAUUAUUAAAAUCUUUUAUACCGAUGUAUGUGUCAUAAAUAAUUUUAUUAAAAAUAUGAUUUUCCCUAAAACUAUAACUGUGAGUAGGUUUUGUAAGCAUUUAUUAAUCAUUAGUCAAUUUUAAAAUAUUCCAGUGUUCGGUUAUAUGAUUGGUGUAAAAUAUUUAUAAUAAUUAUUAGAAUCAAUUGUAUAAUUGUAUCGAGUAGCAUAUAUCCGACUCCAUAGUUAAGAAGUGCUAUGUAUGUACAGUUUGUUUUUGUAUAUGUAAUCGUGUAGACAAUGCCAGCGAAUUGACUAUUCAAAAACCGAUACCAUAAUAGUAAAUUAAUAUUUAAAAUCUCAAAUUGCUUAAUACUAUAUGUAAAUAAUCAAUAUGAUGCCCGCCGCCCGACUCGGAUAUGAAAAUAAUCGAUCAGCGCCAUCUAUUGGUUCUGGGUUGUAACUUAGGCAUUUAAUAUGUUUGUAAGAAAAAUCGUGUUCAAUUUAAUCGCACUACCAUAUAAUGCAGCUCAAUGUUAGAUAUAUAAGAAAGUAUGAUUAAAACAAUUAGUGAUUAUUCUAUCCAAAUAAGAUUGGAAGUGGAUUGAAAAACUACAUUUCGCUAUAUUAUUAUGCCAUUAAUUAACCAAGCACAGUUAAAAAUUUUGAAUAAAAGUUAAAAUAAAAUUCAAAAUAUUUUUUUGUAAACUGUACUUUUAGUGUCAAUUGAUAGGUCAUACUAUCCUUAUGUGGAUCGCUUAAUAACUAAAAUUUCUUCUAUUAUAUUCCCACUUACAUUUACGUAUUCUUUACAUUGUAUAUAGCAUGUCAUAUUUUGUAUUGUAUAAUAAAGUUAUACGACAAACUACUCUACGAUUGAAUUUAGUUGGCAACUCGCUGAAUAUUUUAAUUUUUUAUCUGUAAUAAUUUUUAAUAACUGUUUGUAAGACCUGUUAUUGAUUUGUAACAAAAUCGAAGAAGUGCAAGUUGCCAAGUUCAUUCAACUGCAUAGUAAAAACAUAAUGCACAAAAAUUUAAUAUAUCGAGACGAAUAAAUAUUAAUGAUAAGGUCUUAAAAAUAUUGUUAUCAUAUAUACAUUUAUCGAGUAAGUUAUAAAUGUCAAUAGUCACGAUGAGAUUGAAAUUUUAAGGUCAGAUUUGAAUCUCGAAUUUAAGUGACAUGAUAUGACAUAUAUUGAAUUACAAGCAUUUUUUUUUUAAAUCUAUGCCGUGACUUAAGUGUAAUUUGGGUCAUCACAAUCUAAAAUUUAGAAUAAAUGCUUUGCCUGUCUAUUUUUGAUGUGUAUAACAAUAAAUUGUGACUAUUUCAAGUUUAUUUCAAUGUUAUUAUAAUUAAUGUUGUAAAAUCAUGUUUGACAUUAUCGAUAUAUCCACGCCAUAAAAGAAAAACAAUACUAAAAGUUAGUUUGACAUCCUGUCAUGGAAAUGACAUAUAAUCCAUAUUACUGGGGUUUUAUCUGCAAUCGUCCUUUUCUAUUUGUUUUUUUUUUCGCCGACAUUUCAUAGAUUUUCAAUGUGAUCUACUGACUGAUGUUGCCAAUAAAAAAAUGAUCGCGUGUAAAACCUAAGUAAAAAAAUAUAAAAUAAUAUGUAGGUAUUGUAAUUUGUAUAAAAAGAUCGCAAAAAUUUUAAAAUGUAAUCUAAAAUAUAUUCAUUCCCGUUGUUCAUGCAUUUCGAUCAAAUUAUACCAAAUAAAACUUUAAUUAUGAUUAUUAUGUGAUAUUAAUAUAAAGUAAUUUGAUAUUAUUUUGUAUAAAUUUGUUUUUUUUUUUACGGUACUUAAGUCAGUUUUGGUUUGGGAACAUUUUUGCGUUUAGAGGUUUUUAUAUUAUAAGAUAAAUUUUAUUUAAUUCUUCGAGGUUAUUUCUCAAUUUAAGCGCUUUUUUACUUUAUGUUUUUGUAAUAAAAUUUGGAAUUAUUUCAUCACAACAAUGAUUUUUUUAUAAUGUUAAAUCAAUUUGUUAAUUGUUUAUUUCAGCUCAAUAUGAAUAAAGAAUUUGUUGGUUA